AUGGUCACUACUGUUUUCUCAGUGGUGUCAUGGCGGCCGGCGUUGAGUUGGCAGCACUGGCCCACGGAACUGAGUUAAGUCAGUAAAGCGGAGAAAGAAGUGGUCAGGUCGCACGGCGGGAGGCCGUGGGAGUGAGCAGGGCCCCGCGGGGGCCACAGUGUUCACAGCGGCGAGCCCACGGUGAAGCUCCAGGCCGGGCCUCGGCUUUCUGACGCGGCGGUUGGUGGGAGUGCCGCGUCCUGCGAGUCCUCGGCGUCUGGAUCCGCACCAGCCUCGGCGCUCAGGGACCCGCCGCGAUGUCGUCCUGGCUCGGGGGCAUCGGCUCCGGUUUGGGCCAGACUCUGGGUCAUGUAGGGGGCAGCCUGGCUUCCUUCACUGGCCAGAUUUCAAACUUCACGAAGGAUAUGUUGAUGGAGGGCACGGAGGAGGUGCCAGCAGAUUUACUCAAUUCUGGGCGAGAAGAAAAUGAAGCUGCUCAUUCAGUCUUAAGAUCAGAGAAUGAAAGACUUAAAAAGCUUUACACUGAUCUAGAGGAGAAGCAUGAAGCAUCAGAACUUCAAAUAAAGCAGCAGUCUUCAAGUUACCGAAGUCAGUUACAGAAGAAAGAGGAGGAAAUCAACCACCUUAAAGCAAGACAGACCUCACUUCAGGAUGAGCUGCGCAGGCUGCAGUCGGCUGCUCAGUUCACACACCCAGCAUCUGGCAGUGCAUCAGCGGCUACUGCAUCAUCUUCGUUCAGUUACGGGAUCAGCCAUCAUGUGUCAGCCUUCCAUGAGGAUGACAUGGACUUUGGGGAUGUAAUUUCAUCACAACAAGAAAUAAACAGAUUAUCAAAUGAAGUUUCUAGACUUGAAUCUGAACUUGGACAUUGGAAACAUAUUGCUCAGGUGCAGGGAACACAAAGCUCUGAACAAACCGAAAUCUGCAAACUGCAAAAUAUUAUUAAGGAGCUUAAACAGAACAGAAGUCAGGAUAUUGAUGACCAUCAGCAUGAAAUGUCAGUACUGCAAAAUGCACAUCAACAGAAACUGACGGAGAUAAGUCGUCGACAUCAGGAGGAGCUAAGUGACUAUGAAGAGCGAAUCGAAGAACUGGAAAAUCUGUUACAGCAAGGUGGCUCAGGAGUUUCUGUAACUGAUCACUCUAAAAUGUAUGAGAUGCAAAACACUAUUCAUAUUUUACAGACGGAAAAACUAGAAUCUACCAAAAAAAUUGAAGAACUUGAGGAUAAAAUAAAAGAGAUACAUAAAAGGUUGUCUUCUGCAGAACACGACCGAGAAGUCUGGAAGAAAGAACAAGAGCGACUGGAAGUAGAGAACAGACAGAUGACUGAGCAGUGUGAACGCUUGAAGCUGGAAUACAGCAAGUCACAGCCUGGUGCUCAGAAGCAGAGUGAUGCUGUGAUGGAGGAGGCCAGGAUUCCCCCACCGGGUUCCUCAGUUGCAGAGGUCUUGAGAUUACAGCAAGCUUUGACUGAUGCUGAAAAUGAAAUAAUGAGACUAAGUAGUUUAAAACAGGAAAACAAUCUUGCUGAAGACAAUCAGAAACUUCAAAUGUGUGUCCAAAUUUUAGAAAAAGAGAAGUUGUUACUGAGUCAAGAAAAGGAAGAACUUCAGCUAUCACUUUCCAAACUGGGCAGUGAAUAUGAAGUCAUUAAAAGUACAGCUACAAGAGACAUAGAUUUGUUUUCUCAAGUUCGCGACUUGAAACUCAACUUGGAGGUGAAGGAACAAGAACUGAGCCAGAGUAUUCAUGAGAAUGAAACACUCAUGGCUGAGUUAGAAAAACUGGACAAGCAGAACGAGGAGGCUACUAAGCAUGUGAUUUUGAUAAAAGAUCAGCUAUCAAAACAGCAAAGUGAAGGAAAUAGUGUCAUCAAGAAACUGAAAGAAGAUCUGGAUGAUGAAAAGCAGAGAGUCCACCAACUGGAGGAUGAUAAAAUGAAUGUAACCAAACAGUUAGACAUGCAGAAGGAAAAGCUGACUCACAGCGAACGGGCUCUAAGUGAAUUACAGUUAGCCAAGCAGAAGCUUGAAGAUAAAGUAGAAGAUUUAGUAGAUCAGCUAAGUAAAUCAGAGAAGAAUAAUUCCAACAUUCAGAAGGAGAACUGUGAACUGAGGGAGCACAUCAGACAAAGUGAAGAGGAGCUGGCCACAGUGAGGAGUGAGUUAGCUCAGUCUCAAACUCAAGGCUCCAGCAGGUGUGUGAAGGAUGACUUACUUAAAGAAAGGGAAACUGAAGUCCAAAACUUAAAGAAGACUCUCUCAGAAGUAGAACAGCUCAAUGAACAUUUAAAACAAGUUGCUUUUGAUCUCAGAGUGGAGAAUGAAAAGUUGGUUGUAGCAUGUGAAGAUGUAAGAAAUCAGUUGGAAGAAUCUAUUUCUGGCAACAACCAGAUUUCUCUGGAAAAAACUGCCAUGCUGGAAUGGGGAAAGGCACAGCUAGAAGCAGAAUUGUGUCAAGCUGAGAAGAGGCUGUUGGAAGAAGCCAACAAGCACAAGCAAGCUAUCGAGGAGCUGCCCAGCAUGCGCAGCCCGAAUUCCUCUGCCCUACAGCUGGAACAUGAGCGCUUAAUUCAGCUCAACCAAGAAAAAGACUUGGAAAUAGCAGGACUCAAAAAGAGUAUUGAGCGAAUGGCUGCUGAUCAUAAACACACCAAGGAAACAUUGUCAUCUAGUUUAGAAGAGCAGAAACAAUUGACACAACUUAUAGAUGAGAAAGAAAUUUGUAUUGUGAAACUUAAAGAAAAAAGUUCAGAACUGCAGAAGGAAUUAGACAAAUGUGCCCAGGCUUUAAGGAAAAAUGAGACUUUAAGGCAGACCAUAGAGGAAAAGGAUAGAAGUCUUGGAUCCAUGAAAGAAGAGAACAACCACCUGCAGGAAGAGCUGGAGCGCCUCAGGGAGCAGCAGAGUCGCACUGUGCCCGCGCCUGAGCCCAGAGCCGCUGACAGCGCCACGGAGCUGGAGUCUGAGCUGUCCCAGCUGCACACAAUCAAGAGUCAUCUGGAAAAAGAAAUUAAACAUCACCAGAAGAUGAUUGAAGAUCAAAACCAGAAUAAGAUGCAACUGCUGCAGACUCUACAGGAGCAGAAGAAAGAAAUGGAUGAGUUUAAGUACCAGCAUGAGCAGAUGAGUAUCACACACACCCAGCUUUUUUUAGAAAAAGAUGAAGAAAUUAAGAACUUGCAAAAAACAGUUGAACAAAUAAAAGCCCAGUUGCAUGAAGAAAGGCGGGACCUUCAAACAGACAAUUCUGAUAUUUUUCAAGAAACAAAAGUUCAGAGCCUUAAUAUAGAAAAUGGCAGUGAAAAGCAUGAUCUAUCUAAAGCUGAAACAGAAAAGUUAGUGAAGGGAAUCAAAGAACGGGAGCUGGAGAUUCAGCUUCUGAAUGAAAAGAACAUCUCUUUAACUAAGCAGAUCGACCAGCUGUCCAAAGAUGAGGUCGGCAAGCUCACCCAGAUUAUCCAGCAGAAAGACUUGGAGAUACAAGCUCUUCACGCCAGGGUUUCCUCAGCGUCCUACUCCCAGGAUGUCGCCUACCUUCAGCAGCAGCUGCAUGCCUACGCCAUGGAAAGAGAGAAAGUAAUGAUGGUGUUGAAUGAGAAGACGAGGGAAAAUAGCCAGCUAAAAACGGAGUAUCACAAAAUGAUAGAUAUUAUCAGUGCCAAAGAAGCAGCGCUUAUUAAGUUGCAAGAUGAGAAUAAAAAAAUGUCCACUAGAUUUGAAAGUAGUGGUCAAGAUAUGUUUAAAGAAACCAUUCAGAAUUUAUCCCGGAUCAUUCGAGAAAAAGACAUUGAAAUCGAUGCACUGAGUCAGAAGUGCCAGACCCUGCUGACAGUGUUGCAGACUUCUGGCACGGGUGGCGAGGCUGGAGGUGUUAACAGUAACCAGUUCGAGGAGCUCUUGCAGGAGCGGGAUAAACUGAAGCAGCAGGUGAAGAAAAUGGAGGAGUGGAAGCAGCAGGUGAUGACCACAGUCCAGAACAUGCAGCACGAGUCAGCCCAGCUCCAGGAGGAGCUUCACCAGCUUCAGGCCCAGGUUCUAGUUGACAGUGAUAACAAUUCUAAAUUACAAGUGGACUACACUGGCCUGAUCCAAAGUUAUGAGCAGAAUGAAACCAAACUUAAGAAUUUUGGGCAGGAAUUGGCACAAGUUCAGCAUAGCAUAGGGCAGCUUUGUAAUACCAAGGACCUCCUCUUGGGAAAGCUUGAUAUUAUGUCACCUCAGUUCUCUUCUGGCUUAUCUCUUACCACUCAGUCAGCCGAGCCUCUUAGAGCAAGCCAGUCGUCCGGGCCACAAGAGUCUUCGCAGUUGCUUCAACAAGUAGAUGAUCUGAGAAAAUCACUGCAGGAAAAAGAUGCCACGAUUAGAACGCUCCAGGAAAACAAUCACAGGCUGUCAGACUCCAUUGCUGCUUCCUCGGAGGCAGAAAAAAAAGAACACGAACAAACCGAUUCAGAAAUUAAACAGCUGAAGGAGAAACAAGAAGUCUUACAAAACUUACUUAGGGAAAAAGACCUCUUAAUCAAAGCUAAAAGUGACCAGUUACAUUCUUCAAAUGAGAAUUUCACUAACAAAGUGAGUGAGAAUGAGCUUUUGAGGCAGGCAGUGACAAAUUUGAAGGAGAGAAUAUUGAUUUUAGAAAUGGACAUUUCUAAAUUAAAAGGGGAAAAUGAAAAAAUAGUAGAAGCAUCCAAGGGGAAGGAAACAGAAUACCAGGCGUUACAUGAGACCAAUAUGAAGUUCUCCAUGAUGUUACGAGAAAAAGAGUUGGAAUGCCAUUCGAUGAGAGAGAAGGCACUUGCUUUUGAACAGCUACUGAAAGAGAAAGAACAGGGCAAGGCUGGGGAGUUAAAUCAACUUUUAAAUGCAGUCAAAUCAAUGCAGGAGAAGACAGUUAUGUUUCAGCAGGAGAGAGACCAAGUUAUGUUGUCCCUGAAGCAGAAGCAAAUGGAGAACAGCACCCUGCAGAAUGAGGUUCAACGCUUACAUGACAAGGAAUCCCGGUUAAACCAGGAGCUACAGAGAUUGCGUGACCACCUCUUGGAGUCAGAAGAUUCUCAUACCCGAGAAGCUUUGGCUGCAGAAGAUAGAGAGGCUAAACUGAGGAAGAAGGUCACCAUGUUGGAGGAAAAGCUGGUUUCAUCCUCUAAUGCAAUGGAAAAUGCAAGUCAUCAAGCGAGUGUGCAAGUAGAGUCAUUGCAAGAACAGUUGAACAUAGUCUCCAAGCAAAGGGAUGAGACUGCAGUGCAGCUUUCUGUCUCUCAGGAACAAGUAAAGCAGUAUGCUCUGUCACUAGCCAACCUGCAGAUGGUUCUCGAACACUUCCAGCAAGAGGAGAAAGCGAUGUAUUCUGCUGAGUUAGAAAAGCAAAACCAGCACUUAGCUGACUGGAAGAGGAAGGCAGAGAGUAUGGAAGGACAAGUGCUAACACUCCAGGAACGUUUGGAUGAAGCAAACGCUGCACUGGAUUCAGCAUCAAGACUUACAGAACAGUUAGAUCUAAAAGAAGAACAAAUAGAAGAACUUAAAAAGCAAAAUGAGCUCCACAAAGAGAUGCUGGAUGACGCGCAGAAGAAAUUGAUGAACUUAGUGAACAGCACGGAAGGAAAGGUGGACAAAGUCCUUAUGAGAAACCUCUUCAUUGGUCAUUUCCACACACCUAAAAAUCAGCGUCAUGAAGUGCUUCGACUGAUGGGGAGCAUCCUGGGUGUUAAAAGGGAGGAAAUGGAGCAGCUGUUUGCCGAAGAUCAAGGAGGUGUUACUCGGUGGAUGACCGGAUGGCUUGGAGGAGGAUCUAAAAGUGUGCCCAAUACACCUUUGAGGCCAAAUCAGCAAUCUGUGUUUAAUAGUUCCUUUUCAGAACUCUUUGUUAAAUUUCUGGAAACAGAAUCUCAUCCAUCAGCCCCGCCCCCAAAGCUGUCAGUUCAUGACCUGAAGCCUCUAGAUUCUCCAGGAAGAAGGAAAGCUGACGCAGGCACACCGGAGCACUUCCGAGAUAUAGCAGAAUCCAGGACAGGAAGAAGAACAGAUCUGAAUCCGUUCUUGGCUCCGCGCUCAGCAGCUGUGCCCCUUAUUAACCCAGCUGGACAUGGACCUGGUGGGCCUGGGCAUCUUCUUUUGAAGCCCAUCUCAGAUGUUCUACCCACAUUUACACCUUUGCCAGUGUCACCGGACAACAGUGCUGGCGUUGUACUCAAAGACCUUCUAAAGCAAUAGGUGGUUUUGAGCCAGAGACUAGAUAGCACUUUAAGGAAACCAUGAACACUGUAUGUGUGAACUUUACCACAAAGUGGCCUUCUGGAAAGAGUCAUGUAUUUGUUUGUAGUUCUAAUUUCUCUGUUACUAAAAGUUUUUUUUUGU